AUGAGAUUCCAGUUUGGUCCAUUUCUUCUAGUGCUUGGCCUGAUGUUCAUAUGGUUUCUGCGCAGUAUUGAUAUCAAUCUCCCCGAGAUCAAAUAUCACCCUAAAUAUCCAGAAGCCAAAAUCAUACAUUUCUGGGAAAAGCCGGUGUGGGUUAGUCCAAAUUCAUUCCAGAACUGCCAACAGAAAUGUGAAAUAACAGAAGGAGAGUAUAUUCCGGCGAACGCUGAUGUUGUGAUAUUCCAUUCUCCAUACCUGUGGUUAACGCGAGCUCCAGAGAAACCUCGAGGCCAAAUCUGGGUAUUUUUUAGCAUGGAGCCGCCAGUGAAUCACAAGCUUUCAUUUAACAACUGGUACAAUGUAUUCAACUGGACGAUGACAUACAGACGUGAUUCAGAUAUUCUGUUUCCGUACGGAAUAUUCCGAAAUUCAACGUCCAAUAAUCGGAUUCAGAAAAAAAUUAAGCCGAGGAAUAAGAAAACAGCAGCUUGGUUUGUAAGUAACUGUCACACCCAGAGUAAACGUGAAGAGUUUGGGAGACUAUUACAGACGUAUAUAGACAUAGACAUAUAUGGUAAAUGUGGUUCACACAUCUGUGACCGACAAGGAAGUGACGCAAGCUGUUUAGAACGUCUUGAUAAUGCAUACAACUUUUAUCUCUCAUUAGAAAGUAAUCUUUGUCGUGAUUAUGUGACAGAAAAGUUUUUCAAAAUUUACAAAUUAUCUAAUGUCAUACCAGUUGUGAGGGGCCAUGUUAACUAUGAAAUGUACGGCCCUGUCGGUUCUUUUAUAGACACGUCAAGUUUUACAUCCCCAGUAACACUUUCCCAGCAUCUUGUUUCUGUGGCAACAAAUGAAGAAUUAUUUUCUACUUUUUUCCAAUACAAAAAAAGAUAUUGCAUGGAUGAUGGAAUUGUACAUCCUUACUGUGAACUCUGUCGUCGUGUACACAACGCAUCUUCGUACCAGCGUCUCUAUGGCAACAUCGAGCACUGGCUGUCUGGAUCAGAUCUUGUGCCGAUUUGUCGCCAGCCAAAGGAUAUCAAAUUAUUGUAAAUAAGA